CAGACAACACAGCUGGAAUCUGCAUUAAUCGCUUCCAUUAGUUUUGAUGCCAAUUAGUAAAUAGGGUUAACUUUAUAUAUUUUUAAUGAUUUUUAACCAAGACUCCUGUUCUUAUCGUAGCUUGAAUUAACAAAAGGGACGGUUAGUUUCUUGCCUGCCACUUUAAUAGAGUUUUCACUUGCGAACAAGAGAGCGUUAGCAUUAGCUAGAAACUUCGGGAACUGACGCGAAUGACGACGAAUGCGGCUUUACAACGAUAACUUUUGUUUUAAAAGCGUGUGAUAAUAGACAAAUUCUGUUAUUAGUGAGUGAAUAGUGUUUGUUAUUUGUAUUGGGAGACGUACCUUUCUACCAACUCUGACUGUCUUGGGUUGGUAAUGUCGGCCGGCGGCGUCCCAGGAGAUGUUCUCCAGCAAGUCAACCAGCUGUGGUCCAUGUUGGACGACCUUUGCCAGAGCGACCCAGAAGCUUACCGAAGCUUUGUGGAGAAACAGGUGAUAUCCGGGAUGGAAUACAACGCUCCACCUCAACUCGAUUCGUGUAUACGCAUCGACAUUUUGCAUCCCCACCAGGAACCACACGGAGACUUGAUGUACAUUAACAUAUGCUGCUGGAAGCGUGUACCAACAUCCCAGGAUCCCAGCAAGCCAUUACCAGUGUAUGCUGGAAGCCUGGAAGCACACACAGAUGAAGGUGCCUACACUGUGCUGGACAUCGCAUUUAAUCCCGAGGUGCUGCAGGAUUGUAAGAAAGACAAGGCCGGGAUGGACCAGAUCUAUAUGUUGGCUCUGAGCUUUGCACAGCAGCAGCAUGGGCUCAAAUUGUCUCAGCAGUAUCAUGUUGUUAGCUAUUGCCCCAAAAACGGCCCGGAGGACUUGCGCCGCCGCCUCGGCUUCCAGCAGCAGCGACCGACCGCGGACAAACAGUCUGAUGCGGCCAUUCAGAGCCCGGAUUCCCUCCUGCAGCAGAUCAACUCUCUGCGGCUAGCCAAAGACGACACGGGGCCGCCGGUUGAUAUUGUCUCUCGGCCCGCCGUUCGCAAGAAGGGCUUGAUCGAGGUAAUCUCCUCCACCACGUACCAGCGGCCCGAGAAACCCGAGUAUCGACUGGAGGUGAAGGCCAGCGCUGAGGGAUUUCCAUGCAAGAUGGAGCUGACAGUGGAGCUGCCCAAGAUUAGCUCCAUGUCGGAGUGGCAGCUCAAGAUGUCCAAGGAUGAUGUCUUGCUCGAGGUGGAGGACAUCUACUACUUACUUCUGGACUUCCCAAAAGUUGUAAACGAAAACAGCGCCAUCGCCGUCUUUAACAAGCGCAUUCGAAGGCUUACUGUAACAGCGGAUAUUUUGUGACAUUCUCAGACUGGCAAAGAUUAGCGUAAAGUCAAGAUAAAAAUCCUGACAUUUCAGACUGAAAAUUAAAUUAAUAAAUGGGGCAAAAGACAGACAGGUUUCGGCAACUUAAAAUGUUAUUCUGUCCCUGUGAGGGCUGAGUCACUGCUGCAAACACGCCUCUACAUUAAGCAAUUAGCGGGCUUUGUUUGCUAAUGGAGCGUAGGUGUAAUGGCUCCGAGCCGCCGCUACCGGGACCCGCCAUUACCGUCCAUCUCCGGAAUAAUUGACAGCAAAAUGAUGCAUGCGAUAAUGAAUGUUUAUUAAAACAUCGUUUGAAAGUGAAGAGUGGCACAAACAUCCACUAUUUGGCAAUCUAGAACUUGUGGAAAAUGGCAGUAAACAUCCACCCUGUCUUUUAUCAAUACUGUUAUUUAAAUUAUUUUCAUGAGGGACCAUUAGGAUCAAAUUGACUGAUUUCAUGUCCGGGUUUAUGAGGCGUAAACGGCAUCUGGCGAGCAUUCCUCAACGUAAAAUAUUUCCCACACUUUAUUUCAGUCCAUUGGUCCCGAGAGUUUUCAGUCAAGUUCUGCUUCAGUGAACACAACUGAGGUUUUUUGUUUUUUUUGGACUUCUACCUCCUCUCUCCAUGAUCUUCCUCCACCCAUGCUACAAUCUUUCCUUCCCAGCCAGGCACCACUGCACCAUCCUGGAAUACCUGCACAAAAGUAGAUUCAAACAUGUUUCCUCAUAAUUCAACACACAACAUAGGACCACAUGAAAAUGUUUGAAAAUGUAUUAAAAAUAAAAAUGGGCACAGUGUAAUCAACUUCAA